AUGAGAUGGUCGUACAGAGAGGACAGAUCGGCCUUUGUCAAAUCCUCCAUCAAUGCUGAUGUCAAUUUAGAGGACCCUGAGGUUUGGAAACGCAAGCCCCUGCUGUUGAAACAAAGCCCAACACCGAGCUUGCAAUUGCGGGGGCGGGGCACUGUGGAGAAAGGCUCCCACGGAACGGUGCCGGCGAUGACGGAGGCUGAAAGCUGCCUGUGGCUUGAACAGCCGGGACCCCUGUUGCGCGGGUCUGGGCGCCGUGCGUUGCCGCCUGUACAGUUGCCAGUAGGUUCUACCGUUUGCCGAAAACUGUAUCUAGCAGCUCUCGCCUCCUGCUGGCAGCUUCAAUCGCAUUAUUCAGACAAUCACCAACUGACUGCCGCUGCCGUGUUGCUUGGCCGUGUCCCCGUCCGUACCUCGGAGCUUUUCCAUUAA